AUGAGCCAAAAGGCCACUCCGACAACCCGCCGGGUCUCGCUCGCCUACGUUCCCUGCCGCUCCAAGCACUUACGCUGCGACGCAACGACCCCCGUCUGCGCCCGCUGCCGCACCGAAGGCCUCCAAUGCAUCUACGCCAAAUCUCGUCGCGGCGGCCGGCGGACCCGAAAUCCGACUCAACCGGAUAGCUCAACUCAGCUUUUGCAGAACUCAUUCUCAGCCCAGCGACCAAUUUCAAAUAUUUCAGUCCCGGCUAUUGCGCCCUGUCCGCCCAGCUCAACAGACGACGACCGUAGCACUUCAUCAACCAGCAUAUCGCGGAAUAGCAACAGCAAUAGCGACCUCAGUGACUCAUCGCUCGCAGAGCAAUUCAUCGCGCGAUACUAUUCCUUCUUCCAUUUCGCGCAUCCAUGUGUUCUCCCGCAGUGGGCUCUGAAACGCCGUCUUGCAAGCGACGGGCGACCGCUGCAGACCCUUGUCGCGGUCUUACAGUACAUCGGCUCGGUGUACGCAAAGUCGGUCUUAUCUACAUCGCUAAAGGCCGAGGCAGAGCAGGCAGUUUCUGCAUUGAAUGGGAAUGGGACGUUUACCGGAUUCGAUGUCCAGGCGGUGUUACUCUUCUCGAUCGCAAUCCACUGGGCCAAUGAGCCGGAGAAGUCGAUGGGUUUGCUUGAUCGAGCGGUUGCGAUGGCUCUGCAGCUGGGGAUGCAGUCGAGGGAGUAUGCGCAUACCAAUGGCGAGAAUGACCCGCUGCUGGAGGAGUGCUGGCGGCGCACCUGGUGGCAGAUCUAUAUGACGGAUGCGCAUAUUGCGGGGAGUACGAGCUCUUAUCCCUUUCGGACGAGUGGGAUGGAGAUGAGCGUUGAUUUACCUUGUGAUGAGGAUGCGUAUGAGAGUGACUACGAUAUGCGAGAGUUCCUCGACGACGACGAGCGCAUGUUCUCCUCGUACGCUGAACUGGUCGGGCUCACGCGCGGUCUUGAUCUUGCCUUUGCAGCGCGCAAGGGCAUGACUAUCACCAAUUGCCCGACGAUAUGCGCCAAUGCCGAUGCCGCCGUGACGGCCUGGCGAUCGCUGCUGCAUCCUUCGAAGAAGGAGAUUGUGCGAGAGGACGGGACCGUCGACGAGCUCCUCUUCAAAGCCAGCAUGGCCAUCCAGACCCUGCGCGGGUGCAACUCCGCCCAGUGCCAGUUACACACGGCCAAGGUGCUGCGUGCCAUAGACCAGUUCGAUGACCUGCUUACGCUGCCUACGAACAUCAGCACGCAUACCCCGUUUAUCAUAUGUAUGAUAUCGAACCUGGUGAUUGCGCACCUCGCGGCGUGUCGAUUCCAUUACAGUGGGCAGCCGCUGAAACUCGCGCGUGAACGGGUCCGGCUGAGUAUGGGUGCGUUGAAGGUGCUGGGGGAGUACUGGCCCAUGGGGCAGAGGACGUAUAAGGAGGUGGGGAUUAUUGCGAGGGAGAUUCUUGGGUUGAAGCAGGUUACACAGGGGAAGCCAGUUGUAAAGAGUCCUGGGUACGUUCCUCCUGAGCCAGAGCGUGCAUUUGAGCCUGGGUCUGAGGAAAUGCCGGAUGUCUCGGCGUUUAUGGAUCCGCCGUCGUUUGCUGAUAUCCAGCUGCUGGAUACGAACUUUGACUUUUGUGGGCUGUUUGAUAUGAAUGUGCCUAUGGCUGCGGUAUAG